AUGAUCAUAACUGAACUAUUUCCAAGGGCUUUACCAAAAAUAAUUACUACUAGUAGCACUACUACUACCAGUAGUGCCAGUACCACAAGUGCUACAUUAACCAAAAGUUCUUCUAUAAGAACUACAGUUGUUUCCUCAAGUUCAAGUAUUACUUCUAGUUCAAGCUCCAGUUCCAGUUCCAGUUCUAGUACGUCAAUUAUAUAUCCGCCUUCAUCAAAUGAUAACCCAUUUGUCUUCCAUGUACAGGAUGCUCCAAAGGAAGGUACUGUAUUUAUAGCUACAGGUUCUGUCAUGCUAGCAAUAUUAAUUAUAUGUAUAUUAUCGUGGGUUAUUUCAAUAUGUAUAAGACGUUAUCAUUCUAAAAAUAUUAACGUUAAUAACAAUAAUAAUAAUAAUAUCUUUUCACAUCCACCAAAAUAUAUUGGCAUCUCUAACAAGGAUGAGAAUGAUAAUAGCAAUAAUAAUUAUGAUAAGGAUCUUGAAGGACAAUUAAAUGUAUCAGAAAAACAAUCAUUGCUAACAAGUUACCCUAGUGUCUCGUUGACUCCAACACCAUUAUUUGUAUCCCCUACAGUAGCAAUUACUAAAAUACGUCAUGUUCCAAUGGAUUCUUUUAGCAGAUUGUCAUUAAUAGAUAUUGACAAUGUCGACCAACAAAACUCAAAGAGAGUAAGUUUAUUAAGUCCCUUACAAAGUCCAAAUAAUGAGAAAUAUUAUUCGUUUCAAAAUCAAUUAAAACCAAAAAAACCACCUAGAUUCCCAAAGGAAAGAAAAAAAAUACCGUCUAUGUAUUUAGAAGAAUUAUUAGAAAAUUGUUAA